UUUUUAUGCUUUCAAGGUUGGACUUUUGGCGGCCAUUUUAGAUCCAGGCUUUCAUACCAAGGACAAAGGGCAUGGAUCGUGCCCCGGCAGCAUAUGAGACUACAUAUGAAACUAGGUACGAAACGACAGAUGUUUCAUCAGUCAUAAACGUUGGUUUCGUGCGGAGUUUAAGUGGGAUCUUGAAGCUUUGUGAAAUUCUUCUGAGUUGUAUUGUACUAAUUUGUGUUGCUGCUACUUCACAUUGGUCAAUACAUUCGUCCGGUGGAUGGAUAAAUUUUGUCGCAGCUACUACUUUGAUUUGCGCAGCAGUUUUCUACAUAUUCUAUCUAUUCAAUCUUAUCAGAAAGUUGCCAGGUCCAUGGAUUAUAAUUGAGUUUUCUGUGCUACUACUAUGCACCUUCUUUUGGUUUAUAACGUUGAUCGUUGCAGCGGCGCACCAUGCGUACGGUUCCGGAGCUAUAGCCGCAGCUGUGUUUUCUGCGGUUGCGCUUGCAGUUUAUAUCACUGAAUUAGCUACACGAUUUCGUUGUGAACGUAGAGCUAAUGGUUUUGUUAUUACAAUGACUGGUGUCAUGACUACACAUGCAACACGUGGUCCGCCUACAUUUGCUCAACCAACUCCAGGACAUAUGCCAACUGAUACGGUAGAUCCACAUAUUGGAUUCUCUGGAGCUUAUGCACCAGGUGAACGUACAGAUGAAGGUUAUGUAAUGCCGUAAUCAAAAGAAAUAUAUAUAUAUACAUAUAUAUUUAUACAUAUACAUACAUAUAUUGUGUAUUACAUUUCAAUUAAGUUGUGUUUUUUUUCACUUCUACCUAUUCAAAUCAUGUGAGGAGAAUCUCUUCAAAAACACACACACACAAUCUCUCUCAGACUGAUGUCAUUAUUAUUAUUAGGCUACUUUACUUAAGCUAUUUAUAUCUACCUACAUACAAUUAUGCUUUUUGUAUUUAUAUAGCUGAUCAGAUUCGAUAGAUAAAUAGACAAUGAAACAAUCACCACCACAACAACAAUAUAUGAUUAUUACGCUAAAAUUGACAUCAAUUUUUGUUUUCUGUAUAUUAAAUAUACAUUGAUUGGGGUCUAUUGUGUUUCAUCUAUAUCCCAUAUUGUGUAUCACUCACUGUGUUCAGUGUAUGCAAUGGAAUAGUAGUUUUUUUUUACAAGUGUUCACUGGCUUCCUCACGUAAUAAUUAAUUCAUUACUUGCGCUAGAUAAAUAAAUUGUUAGUGUGUUUGUUUCACUUGCCUCUUGUUUUUGAUUCAAUCACAUCCUGUUUUUUGUUUGGUACUCACUGAUCUUUUCCCUUCUUCGCUCCGCCCCGCCCCCAAAUACCGCCAGCCAGCCAGCCCGCUCGCCUGCCUAUUUGCCUCUUUCUUUAUUGCAACAGUUCCGCUUUUUACCUUACUUUUUUCCUUCUAUUACUGAUCAUGUGCGU